CCAUGAUGUUUCCACAGGCUUUUUAAAAGCUCAUUCUAUGAUAUGAUGAACACGGUAUGACUCUUACUGGACUAGAAAGGCAGACUGACGUCCGGCAAAAACACAGGGGUGUGUAACCUGCAAAGUAUGAUGGAGACAGCAGAGUAUUCCAAGCGAGUGUAUCAAGGAGUCAGGGUCAAGCACACGGUCAAAGACCUGUUAGCAGAGAAGCGAUCGAGACAAACCAACGUACCAAGAUUCAAUACAGGAGCUAGCUCUUCCCAGCCAGCUUUUGUACAAAUGCCAGGGCCUCACAUGCUUCCUGGAUACUACAGCAUGCGAAGGUCUUUCCUGCCCGAUUCCGAGCUUUGCCAUCCAAUGAAGCAGUACUCUACAGACUCCUACUCCUCAACUUUAGGGAGCAAGGCCUUUUCUUAUGACCACUCCUCCAGCUACCCCUCUUUCAUUGACAGCUACUACCAGCCCGAAUCAUUUGGAGACUACCGAGGCGCAACUGCUUACACAGCUAGCGGAGGGUCACUCUUUCCAUCAUCCACUCUGUCCACACUGCUGCCCUCUCUGUCUGGCGAGUCGUCCUCACAUCUGCUCUUGAGAGAUCCAUGGGACCAGUCUUCAGAAGAUCACGUCAGUCAGCCAGAGGUUCUGUGCCCUGAGGCUUCGGCCCCAGUGGCAGACUCUCCUUCCCUGGGUGGCCAAGACUCAGGCGGAUCCUCACCGUAUCGCCUCUCCACGAGCCGCAGCAGUGCAUCCAUUCCCCCCAGCUCCCAGCCCUACACCCUGCAGACGCUGGAGGACGUCCACUACCCAACUACCUCCUACAGCUCUGCCUCCAGCUACUCCUGCCCGCCAUACAUGACUGUCCCAGGGGAUCUGGCUGUGGUCAAGAUGCUCCCUGUGUCUUCAGAAGAGGGCAGUGGUAGUGUGGCGUCCCUCAGUGACACUACAAGUCAAGCAUGGGCUAAAGAUGAUGGAUCUGGCUCGUGGAUGUCUUAUGAGACAAGAAGGGCUUUUUAAGAGGCUUCAAUGCACUUAUAUGGACACUAAACUGGUGAUGCAAGCAGAACCUGAAAUAUGACACACAAAACUGGUGGAUUUUAGGCUGAAGUUUGUAAUAAGCUUAACAGCUUAAAGGAAUACUCUAGUCUUUUUCAGCCUAAUCCCUAUCUACUGCAUAGAGUCGAUUGCCAGAAAAUCUGUUGGCUCAGAAUUAGGAGUGGUUAACGUGAAUUUAGCAUUAUCAUAAUAUUAGUACACUGGCUAACUGCGUGUUUCAGUAACAAAGGAUCAUAAUUAGUCCCGUUUAAUUGGAUUUAGUACAGCACUGGAUGUAAAACAUUAAAUACGCAGUUUUGUGUGCAAACAUUUUCGCAUCCAACUUUUACAAAUGGCAUAUUUUGUUGAUUUUCUAAGUGAAAAUAAGUCGAAACAUCCUGCAAAAGAAACAAACCCAAAAAAUAAACA